GCGCUCGUUUUACCGCUAAAACCAAACUCGCCGGAGAAUCCUCUUCUUCCUGCAGCGGCUGCUGUGUUUGGAUCCGAUCGACAGCACGUCAGGUCUGUGUUACUCAGAGCUGCAGCUGAAGAUGGGAAUCUCUGGUCUACUACAGUUCAUCAAAGAUGCAUCUGAGCCCAUCAGUGUGAAAAAAUACAGAGGCCAGACAGUGGCUGUGGACACAUACUGCUGGCUCCACAAAGGAGCGUUUUCAUGUGCUGAGAAGCUGGCUAAAGGAGAACCCACUGACCAAUAUGUAUGGUACUGCAUGAAAUUUGUCGACAUGUUGUUGACCUUUGGUGUCAAACCAGUGCUGGUAUUUGAUGGACGCAAUCUGCCCUCCAAACAAGAAGUGGAAAAGGCUCGCAGAGAGCGCAGACAAGCCAACCUUCAAAAAGGCCGACAGCUGCUACGCGAAGGCAAAUUGUCUGAGGCCAGGGACUGUUUCACCCGCUGUGUUAACAUCACACCAGCCAUGGCUCAUAAUCUUAUUAAGGCUGCAAGGGCCAAAGGGGUGGACUGUGUGGUGGCUCCAUAUGAAGCUGAUGCUCAGCUAGCUUUCCUCACUAAAUCUGGUUUGGCCCAGGCUGUCAUCACUGAAGACUCUGACCUGCUGGCAUUCGGAUGUAAAAAGGUGAUUCUCAAAAUGGACAAGCAGGGCAACGGUCUGGAGAUAGACCAGAGUAACCUGGGCCGAUGUCGCAGCUUGGGGAACGUUUUCACAGAGGAGAAGUUUCGGUACAUGUGCAUCCUCUCUGGCUGCGACUAUCUUGCCUCCCUGCAUGGCAUUGGCCUGGGCAAAGCCUGCAAGCUGCUACGGCUGGCCCAAGACCCGGAUAUCCUAAAGGUGAUCAGGAAGAUGGGCCAGUACCUGAAAUCAAAUCUAGUGGUUCCCGAGCAAUACAUCGAGGGGUUCAUCAGAGCCAACAACACCUUCCUCCACCAGCUCGUCUUCGAUCCCAUCAGGAGGAAGGUUGUACCUCUCAACCCAUACCCUGAGCACAUUGACCCAGCCACGCUCAGCUACGCUGGACUAAAUGUAGGAGAUGAGAAAGGCUUGCAAAUGGCCUUAGGAAACCUUGACAUCAACACGAUGGCGAGGAUCGAUGACUUCAACCCAGACAAACCCACUUCACAGAAGCCUAAACGCCACAGACGGCACUGGAAUGACUCACCAGCUCCCACUGGGCCUAGUAUCUGGAGUGUAGACUUCAAGCCAACCUCUGCUGCCCCGCCCUGUUCUGCUGAGUCUCCAGACAGGAUUUCCUCCACCAGGGGGAAGGAGAGAGUCAUCGGCUUACAGGGUCUGAGGCUGCCCUGCAGAGAGCUGCAGGUGAAGAGACCAAGAGAAGACUCUGGAGUAUCCGACCAGGACGUGCUGCAGCAGUACUCCUCCUCCAGUCAGAAACGGUCCAAGACAGACCAACAGCCUGACAAGCCCAAAUUCACAUGUCAGUCACGACCACGCAACCGCUUCGCCACGCUGCUGCAGAGGAGGAACCAGGAAGCUGAGGAGGAUGGCCAGGCCACAUGCAGCAGAUUCUUCAGCAGUUCCAGCUCCACAGUCAGUCUGAGCACCAAGGAGUCUGCUCAGGAGGAUUUACCUCAUGGUGGGGAGCCCACAGCUGCAAGUCCCACUGAGGACAAGUCCUCUCCCAGCAACCAGACCAGUGACAGCGACGGUCCUGAUGUUCCAUCUGUGGACACCCCAAGCCCACCUCCAUCACCAACCACUACACCCCCCAGUUCAGCCAGUCAAGGCCUCAGGCUGUUUAAAUGGUCGGGCAGCUCCUCCUCCAUGGAAAAAUCAAACACUCCUCAGUCCACCUCAGGCCUGGCUGCCCUUCAGCAAUUUCAGUUUAAGAGGGAGAGAUUUUCCUCCUCUCCAAAGACCCACAAUCCCUGUAAAGAAGCGUCAUCCUUGUGUCCAUCCUCCACUGACGAAAUACCAGAGGACAACCUCCCAGACUCCCCUCCGUCCCAGGACAGUGCCUACUUCUCCCAGUCUCAGCCUUACCACACAUCCUGCCAUAAAGAGGAAGUCCCCAACCGCAGCCUCCCCUCCUUCGACCAGGAUGACGCAACAUCUGAAAUAAAUUUGCACAGCGAUUCCAAAGUGGAGCAGAGUCCAACAUAUUCAGAUAAGAAAUCUGGCAGCCUGGGGUCAAAGGUUUCAGGUCUGUCAAAACUGAAGUCCAUCAACCACAGUCAAGCAACAAAAGUGCCGACGUUGGGCCCAGCCAGGGCCAGUGGACUGAGGAAGAAGUCUGUGGGAUCUGGAAAGAAAGUUUCCUCCCCCAAUAAUGAGAACAGCCCUGGAGUCCAGGCCACCAUCAGCAGCCUGUGGAAGAACUUCAGCUUCAAAAAAGAUACCCAGAAGUUGACUUCCGGUACAGACGGAAAGCCAAAGCCCGUAUCUCCAGUCAAAGACAACGUGCUGACCAGCUCGUCUCACACAGACAUCGGAUUAAUCAUCAGCUUCUGAUAGAUGCUUGGAAUGUUUCACACAGCUCUGUGUGGGAGUGACGUUUUUAAACAUACCAUGUAUGUCAAUUCAAUUAUCAUCAACUUGUAUUUCUAGUUAUAAAUAAAGCAACCCUCUUAUGA